CCCCCCCCCCCCCCCCCCCCCCCCCCCCCCCCCCCCCCCCCCCCCCCCCCCCCCCCCCCCCCCCCCCCCCCCCCCCCCCCCCCCCCCCCCCCCCCCCCCCCCCCCCCCCCCCCCCCCCCCCCCCCCCCCCCCCCCCCCCCCCCCCCCCCCCCCCCCCCCCCCCCCCCCCCCCCCCCCCCCCCCCCCCCCCCCCCCCCCCCCCCCCCCCCCCCCCCCCCCCCCCCCCCCCCCCCCCCCCCCCCCCCCCCCCCCCCCCCCCCCCCCCCCCCCCCCCCCCCCCCCCCCCCCCCCCCCCCCCCCCCCCCCCCCCCCCCCCCCCCCCCCCCCCCCCCCCCCCCCCCCCCCCCCCCCCCCCCCCCCCCCCCCCCCCCCCCCCCCCCCCCCCCCCCCCCCCCCCCCCCCCCCCCCCCCCCCCCCCCCCCCCCCCCCCCCCCCCCCCCCCCCCCCCCCCCCCCCCCCCCCCCCCCCCCCCCCCCCCCCCCCCCCCCCCCCCCCCCCCCCCCCCCCCCCCCCCCCCCCCCCCCCCCCCCCCCCCCCCCCCCCCCCCCCCCCCCCCCCCCCCCCCCCCCCCCCCCCCCCCCCCCCCCCCCCCCCCCCCCCCCCCCCCCCCCCCCCCCCCCCCCCCCCCCCCCCCCCCCCCCCCCCCCCCCCCCCCCCCCCCCCCCCCCCCCCCCCCCCCCCCCCCCCCCCCCCCCCCCCCCCCCCCCCCCCCCCCCCACCCCCCCCCCCCCCCCCCCCCCCCCCCCCCCCCCCCCCCCCCCCCCCCCCCCCCCCCCCCCCCCCCCCCCCCCCCCCCCCCCCCCCCCCCCCCACCCCCCCCCCCCCCCCCCCCCCCCCCCCCCCCCCCCCCCCCCCCCCCCCCCCCCCCCCCCCCCCCCCCCCCCCCCCCCCCCCCCCCCACCCCCCCCCCCCCCCCCCCCCCCCCCCCCCCCCCCCCCCCCCCCCCCCCCCCCCCCCCCCCCCCCCCCCCCCCCCCCCCCCCCCCCCCCCCCCCCCCCCCCCCCCCCCCCCCCCCCCCCCCCCCCCCCCCCCCCCCCCCCCCCCCCCCCCCCCCCCCCCCCCCCCCCCCCCCCCCCCCCCCCCCCCCCCCCCCCCCCCCCCCCCCCCCCCCCCCCCCCCCCCCCCCCCCCCCCCCCCCCCCCCCCCCCCCCCCCCCCCCCCCCCCCCCCCCCCCCCCCCCCCCCCCCCCCCCUGCCCUCCCCCCCCCCCCCCCCCCCCCCCCCCCCCCCCCCACCCCCCCCCCCCCCCCCCCCCCCCCCCCCCCCCCCCCCCCCCCCCCCCCCCCCCCCCCCCCCCCCCCCCCCCCCCCCCCCCCCCCCCCCCCCCCCCCCCCCCCCCCCCCCCCCCCCCCCCCCCCCCCCCCCCCCCCCCCCCCCCCCCCCCCCCCCCCCCCCCCCCCCCCCCCCCCCCCCCCCCCCCCCCCCCCCCCCCCCCCCCCCCCCCCCCCCCCCCCCCCCCCCCCCCCCCCCCCCCCCCCCCCCCCCCCCCCCCCCCCCCCCCCCCCCC